CAUGCGUAGUCGUAUGCGCGUGAGAUAAAUUGUGUCAAAACACAGACAGUACGUUACUCACAGAAACAAACUGUCAUCAUCUGUAUCGUCUAUUUUUCUUUACAGUAGUUACACUAUCGACGGAUACAAAGAUGAAAGCAGGAUCUCUUAAGCUCCCCGGGCCGCCUGUGGUUGGUAAAGUCACUCACCAUAGCAUCGAGCUGAGAUGGGCUUAUAAAGAAGAUAACAAACCUCGAAACGGUCCACCUGAACAUUGGACCCGCUUCUCUGUGGAGCAAAUAGAUGCCAAAAAACACACAUACAAGACAAUAUACUUAGGCUUUGGCACCCGUUGUGUUGUAAAUGGAUUGAAGACCAGCACUUCUUACAAUUUCAGACUCAGGAUUACCAGACCUUUAGGAGAAAGCUGUCAUAGUCCUGUUAUAUCUGUCGUCACAACCCGAGUGCCAUAUAAUGGUAGGAACCUUCACUAUGCUCUUAAUAGGGAAGAUGAAAAGGAGUUGACCACAGUGUUGCGGUCUGGCACAGUUGAUGUGAAUGUUAAGGACAAAAUGGGGUUUAGCCCUCUAAUGGUGGCUGCCCAGAAAGGUUUAACAAGCUUAGUGGACAUUUUAGUGAAACAUGGAGCUGACAUUGGAAUGAAAUACAGCACUGGAAAAGACAGUCUAAUGAUGGCCUGUUACGCUGGUCACCUGGACAUAGUGAGGUAUCUGCGUAGGUGCGGGGCCACUUGGCAGUCAAUGGACAAGAAUGGCUGUAGUCCGCUCCACUGGGCUAUAGAUGGGGAACACAUACCUGUCAUCAAAUACAUGAUCCAGGAUGGCUGUGAGGUUGAUAUGAGGGACAAGAUCUCUUACUGGACCCCACUCAUGCGUGUGUCGGCCACCAGCGGGAACCCUGAAGUGGCCGCUAUUCUCCUCCAAGCUGGAGCUGACGUAAAUGUUCGUGAUAAACCUGGAAAAACACCACUAAUGGUAGCUGUGUUGAAUAACCAUGAAGAACUUGUAAAACUACUGCUUGACAGUGGGGCAGACCACCAAAUGAAGAAUGAGUAUGGAGCAAGCACAGCUGAUAUGGCAAAAGCAUUUGGGAAAGAGAACAUCAUAAACUUGCUGAAUAAAAUAAGCCAGACAGAUUUCAACUGACAUCAGCUGGACAAUACUUCUGUUCAAGUCUUUGCAUUAUCAAAAGGAUCCAGUUUCAUUUUACCAUUUAAAUUUCAAAUGUCACAUUUCCCUUAUCAUAUCUAAAGGAAUAGAAAUAAAAAUUGACAGUAUUUAAAACAGAAUCCAAUCAACACAGUGAAUAAACUGAGCAAUGAUGACAGAUUUACAAAUCAUCUGUCCAAAUUCUGAAU